UGAUUUAUGUGUUAUGUUGCUGAGGGACUACAGCCCCCACAACGCAUUGUGUUUUCAACAUGGCGUCCUCCGGAGGCGUCUGAUUUCUUGUCGACGAGGCCAAAACGCAGCCAAAGGUUAACAGGACUCUGUGGCCAGGUUGACGAGCAACAUUUCAGACGGGAGGAUGAAACCGAUGCGGACGGUGUUCAGACGAGUCCGCAACCCGCCUGUUUACACCGGUCGCCCGAGCUGUCUGAGCUCCUGCGCCGGCAGCGGUGGCCCGCUCCCCCGCCGCGACGAGGCUCUGAUCUCGGGGUCCAGCCGCGAGUUGGCGCGGAGACUCGGCUCGCAGGUGGAAGUGCGGGCGGCCUUCAUCAGCGAGGAGGAGGAGGGGGCUCUUCUGCGAGAGCUGGAGCCAGGCCUGAGGAAGAAACGCUAUGAAUUCGACCACUGGGACGACGCCAUCCACGGGUACCGAGAGACGGAGCGUGCGAGGUGGGGGGCGGCGUGCGUGGAGGUCUUGAAUCGUGUCCGAGCCGUAGCGUUUCCCGAGGGCAGUCCACUGCUCGGGCCCGUGCACAUCCUGGAUCUGGACGGGGCCGGCUACAUCAAGCCUCACAUCGACAGCGUCAAGUUUUGUGGCAGCACUAUUGCUGGGUUGAGUCUUCUGUCAGACAGUGUCAUGCGUUUGGUGAGAGAAGAUGCCAGCGACGAAUGGCUGGACCUUCUGUUGCCCCGAUGCUCCCUCUACAUACUGAGGGACCAGGCCAGAUAUAACUUCACUCAUGAGAUCCUGAAAGAUGAGGAGUCUGUGUUCAACGGACGGAGAGUGCCUCGGCAGCGUCGUAUCUCCGUCAUCUGUCGGAAUCUUCCGGGCUGACGCCCACACCGACCCAACUCCGAGAUCAACAGAACAUAACUUGAAUUUAAAGGAUUGUGUCAGUGAGCUCCAUUAAGAUAUUAAAGCUGAUAUCCCUUAUGUUUUUGAUAAUAUAACGCUGUUAUGUGUCCA